AUAGACAUCCGUCCCAAACGUACAGGGCAUCCUAGCAUGGAUCACCACCUUGGAGCAGGUAGCGAUAUGCUUUUUUGGGAGCAGAACUAUAUGAGCUUGCAGGCAACGUGAUAGUGGAUCGCAACGCUGCAGGGUCUCGCUUCCAACUACCGUGAACCAUCACUGGAAGCUGAUCAACCUGCAGUACCCGGUUCAGCAGAUUGGAAUAUAUAAGACCUGCGUCGCUCCCUUCCUUUCCCGUCCACAGUCCUCUACAAACGUGCCGCCACCUCCACACACCAUCUCAUUCUUCCAUUGUUCGCCACCCUACCUCAUCUUGAAGGGAAAUACAUCUACCCAGUUGAUCUCCUCCAGGAUCCAAAUCCAUACACCAACCAUCGACUUCACCAGAAGGACAAUACUCCACAGACAGUAGUGACAAUGAAGUCUUUCGUCGCGCUCUCACUCCCGCUCCUCGCGCUCGCCGCACCCCACGCGCUCGACGCUUCCUCGGCGCCCCCAUCCUUCAAAAUCAACAAAGUCAUCUCCGGCGGCUCCGGCUGUCCCCAGGGCAGCAUCGACGUCAACUGGACCAACAACGGCAUCCUGCCCAUCUACUUCAGCAAAGACUUCACCGCCUCCGUCGGCCCCAGCGUCACCGCCGACCAGAGCCGCAAAAACUGCCAAAUCAACCUCGACAUCUCGUACUCGCCUGGAUACUCGUACAGCGUGUACAGCGCCGACUACACAGGGUAUGCGAACAUCGACUCGGGCGUCAAGGGGACGGUCGCGGCGCACUAUUACUUCUCCGGCGAGCAGGACACCGGCUCCACCAGCCUCACCCUCCAAGGCCCCUACAACGGCAAGUACGUCAAGCAGGAUGACGUCGUCACCAGCGUGUGGAGCCCGUGCGGGCAGCAGUCGUUGUUGAAUGUCAAUGCUGAGGUCUCGCUCACGCCCUUGGGCAGCUAUGCGAGCGGGCAGCUCGCGGUGAACAAGGAGACGGGCCGGUUCACAAACCAGUUGUACAUCCGAUGGAAGCAGUGCUAGGCUGCGGGGUGGAAAAGGAGGCGUCUCGUAGUGUUUCUUAUGCAGUUCUAGAGCAAAAUGCAAGUGCACUUAAUCAUACAACCGUGUACAUGCCGCCUGCCAGCACGUCGUUACGCAUCGCCCACGUCGCCGCCUUGGUGCGCGUCCGACUCCUGCUCGUCAGCGACCUCCGCAUACGCGUCCAACUCCUGCUCGUCAGCGACCUCCGCAUACGCGUCCAACUCCUGCUCGUCAGCGACCUCCGCAUACGCGUCCGACUCCUGCUCGUCAGCGACCUCCGCAUACG